AUCGUGCCAGGAAGAACAGGGCUGGGGGGGGGGCUGUUUUCCUGGCAAGGCUCGCGCCUUUGGGACAGCACCGGCUUCUGUUUGAAUGUGACUUGAGAAGAACUGCAUGCAUUAAUUUGAGGAAUGGAAGAAGAAAAAGAAGGAGUCAAGGCUUUUAACGUAAAAGCCAGCUUUGAUUCUGUAGGCACACAAAUUGUGCUCCCUACAAAAAUGCUGUGAAAUCAGCUCUGUGCCAAGGGAAGUGUUUGGAUGGGUGGCCAGUUUUUUUCUUUUUGGUGUGCCUUAUUAGCAACAGGUUGAUAAUAAUCAGCACCGGAUGGUAGGUAGCCAAAGUGCAAGGUUGGCUGGAUCAGCCUUCAAGCAGAGUCAUGAUUAUAGCUUACGGCAGCAGUGCCUUCUGGGUAAUUUUUAAGGCCUUGUGGCUGACCGAGAGGGACUGAGGAAAGAAGAGGCACCCGCACUCAGCCACCGUGUAUCCUUGGCCCAACUGCUCGCUGGGGAAGCAGAUGUCCCGUAAGUCCCUGGUGUGGAGCUCCAAGUUGCUCUCGUUCCCUUAGUCUGGAAUCAGGGCCAACACGGCACCCUCACCUUCCUGGCAGGGCCAAGGUAUGCAGCACGUCCAAAAAAAGGGCCACCAUGCUGCUGGAGAGAGCGAAGAGGCGACAACGCACAACAAACUUGUUUGUUCUGGCUCAGGCCCCUUGCCUGGUUGACAUCACAUCCUGAAGGCAGAGAGAGAGAGAGAAACACGGCACCUCCACAGGCACGGCGGGCAGAGCCCCGACACUCAGGAGAAGAGCUGGGAGCUGGCCUCCUCUUUCUCAUUUGCCAAACGAGAGAGGAAGGACAGAGAUUGCCAAGGAGAACUGGGGCACCAUGGGGCAGGGCAGCCCAUUUCCUGGCAUGGGCGAUCCAGAAGCACGGCUGGGAGAGACCUAAAAGCCAGGAAAAGCCCACUGGAUCUGCAGGAGAGAGGAGGGGAAGAUGGAUUGUUGCCAACAGCCUCAACUCUUGCAAUUCCACAAUGGUUUCUGGUAACGUGGCCGUUUUGGGGGUUCUGCUGACAUCUCUCGUCUUCUGGGGAUCCGAAGGCCCCCGGGCGGCCCCUCCAGGAACAUCCAAGAGAGCUGGCCUGCAUGACUCGAAGCAGGUCCCAAUCCAGGCCCUCCAAACCGUCUUGUUAAGACGCUUGGGCUUACAAAGGCGCCCAGAGCCAAGACCGGGGCUGGUGGUCCCCCAGUACCUGCUGGAUCUGUACCAGUUCUGCCUGGGAAAAGCUCCCUCCUCCCUCAAAGAGACGGAGCUUCCCUUCCUAGAGGAACAAGCCGGAAGAGCCAACACUGUCCGCACCUUUCACCAUGUCGAGGACCUGGACCAUAUCCCUGAAGUUGCAGACAGUUCGUUCUACUUCCUGUUCAACCUCACCUUAUUGCCUGCAGAAGAGGAGCUGACUGCCCUCGAGCUGCGUCUCUACCACGCCCAGAAGGAAAGCAGGGGUGUUCACAUCAACAUCUACCACAUGAUGGAUCCCCCACCCCUUUCCGGAAACAGGAGCAGUCUCCUCGCUCGGAAAUUCUUGGCUCUCAACCAGCCUAAGUGGGAGAGCUUUGAUGUUACUGCUGCUUUUUGGAGAGCCAAAGGCCAGAAGCACCACCUUGAGUUUCUUGUGGCGGUGGAGCACCCAGACGGCAACCAUGAGCUUCAGCAGCGUCACCUCCCUCUUCGCACAAGGCGAUCUCCUGGAGAGCAGGAGGCCCAGUGGGCUCUAGAAAGGCCUUUGCUGGUCACCUAUAGCCACGACCAAAGGGGACAGCCUUUGACUCGUGGGAAAAGGCAAAACAGAAGCCAGCCAGGCGGACUAACCCCGAAGGGAGGCAGAAGAGCUACAAAAGUCCCUGGCUCCAUGGGCAAACGUAGGGGCCUGCAGCCAAAAGCCAAAGCCAGCACGAGGUGCAGGAGGCAUCGCCUGUUUGUGGAUUUCAAGGUGGUUGGGUGGAACGACUGGAUAGUUGCCCCCAGCGGCUACCACGCUUUCUACUGCUCCGGGGAGUGCCGGUUCCCGCUGGCUGACCACAUGAACUCCUCUAGCCACGCCAUGGUGCAGACCAUGUUGAAUUCGGUGAACUCCAAGGUACCCAAAGCAUGCUGCAUCCCGACGGACCUCAGCCCCAUCGCUAUGCUCUACCUGGAUCAACAUGACAUAAUGGUCCUGAAGACCUACCAGGACAUGGUGGUGGAAGGCUGUGGCUGUCGGUAGACACAACAGAGCAGGGAGGUGCCUUCUCUCCAUCGUAAAACUUGGGAGUCACCCCAAUGAGAGUGAUGAACAAUAGGCUCUGGACUGUGAAGAGUACUUCUUCAUGCAGCAUGUAAUUAACUUAUGGAACUGCCCGCCACAAGAGGUGGGGACAGCCCAAAUAUGAGAUGGCUCACCUAUGAGCUAAAUGGGAGUUCCCUGCACAGCGGUAGCAGAAUGCCCCUGAAUACCAGGCUCUAGAAACAGACAGACAAUCGCCACCAUGCCCUGCUGGAGAGUGCCCAGUGUCAUCUAGCUGGCCAGAGAUGGAAACAGACGGGCCUUGGGCUGGAUUCAGCAAGGCAAAAUUCUCAUGUUCGUAUGUAGUCUCACAAACUUCUCUACAUUAAUGAGCAACUGUUGGCAUUUCUAAGCUGUGAUACCCUUUGGUUGAACAAUAAAGGAGUUACCAAGUCUA